CUUUCUGCUGUACAGCACACUACAGUGCGUGAGUUUUUUUUUUUGAAUGGUUUUUAUUUAUUUUUAGUAUAUUCAGUUUUCAACAGUUGGGUAGACAUGACGACCCAGUCCUACCAGCCGGUGCCACCCGGCGUUGGAAUGGAGGAAAACUUCCUUUCGCUGGAUGAUAUUUUGCUGUCUCAAGAGAAGCUGCCGACCCGAACAGAGUGCGCUUUCCCCCGACUGGGCUUCGUGGAGAAAACCAGUGACACCCGCGACAUCCCUGAGGGAACAAAGAUGGAAAUGCCCCUGUGGUUGUCAAAGGGUCUGUAUGAUAACAAGCGACGCCUGGUGUCUGUAGAGCACCCCAAGAUUUACCGACAGGGCUGGAGAACAGUGUUUAGUGCUGACCCCAAUGUGGUGGACCUUCACAAGAUGGGUCCCUACUACUAUGGUUUGGGGUCCCAGUUACUGCACUUUGACAGCCCUGAGAACCCUGAGAUCGCACAAACUGUGUUACAGACAUACAUUGGACGUUUCCGGCGCAUUAUGGACUCCUCGCAGAAUGCUUACAAUGAGGACACGUCUGCACUGGUGGAGCGGCUCGAUGUCCUAGAGAGGUGUCUCUUCCGCACUGGACAGAUCGGCCUCAAUGACUUCCAGCGCUGGGAGAAAGGCCAGGCCUCCCAGAUCACUGCUUCCAACCUGGUGCAGAACUACAGGAAGAGGAAGUUCCCAGACCUGGAGGCCUGAGAACUGAUGGGGCCGCUUCUGCAACAAAGAAAGAACUUUGAGACACAAGUAACUUCAGGCUGACGGGUCUACUAUACGGCUCUCUGUCUUGUAUCUUGUCAAUGUAGAAAAGUAAAAGACAAGAUGCUACUGGAAUAUUUUUAUGAAUGAAUAAGUGAUCUGUUUUGAUAUGAUGCAGUUGCUGUGCACUUUUCAUGUACAUUUUGUCUUAUUUCUUAAGUAGUAACUUGGACUAAUUUGCUUUGUGGUACUUUAUAGAAUAUAUUGCAAGAGCUAUAGACCUUGUCUCUGCCACACUAUUCUGUGCUGAAUAAAGACAUGUUGAAAACAUGUUCU